AUGUCCUUCCACGGCAGCUCGCCGGCGACCAGCACCUUCCUGGUGGACUCCCUGAUCGGAAGCUGCAGGUCGGACACUUUCUACUCCAACGGCAUGUACAUGCAGCCCGGUUCUGACAUGGGAACUUACGGAACCUGUGGACUCAUGCCGUCCUUCAAACGAGGAGAGGUCAACCCCCCAAAUCUGCCCAUGAACGUCCACUCCUACAUCCCCCAGAUUGACAACUGGACGGACCCGAACCGAACCUGCAGACUGGAGCCGCCAAUGUCAAACUUCUCCCAGGGCAUCAAGGAAGAGAGCAACUGCUGCAUGUACUCGGAGAAGAAAGUCAGUCCAGACGCGCCCACAUAUUCGAACCUCAUCCCGGAUCCCGGUCCGAUCGAUGGACCCGAGAUUCCGGUGCCGGGCUAUUUCAGACUGAGCCAAACUUACGCGAACGGAAGGCAUCAGGAGUACCGGCACGAGCAGGCGAGCCCGAACCUCCUGCAGCUGAACCGGGUCACCCCGAAACCACCAGGCGCGACGAAUUAUCAAGAAAAGCCCAGCGAGGACGUUCCGGAGAUCACGAGGACGCCGGUGUCAGCGGGGAGUCCAGAUGCGGGGUCCGGAUCGGAGGACAAGAACUGCCUGCUGGACGCCCCCGUGUCCAGCCCGGAGCUGAAGGAGGAGGGCGGAGAUUGCAAGAGUGAAACUCCCACCAGUAACUGGUUAACAGCCAAAAGCGGCCGGAAGAAGAGAUGCCCCUACACCAAGCACCAGACCCUGGAGCUGGAGAAGGAGUUCCUCUUCAACAUGUAUCUGACCCGAGAGCGCCGCCUAGAGAUCAGCAGGAGCGUCAACCUCACCGACCGGCAGGUCAAGAUCUGGUUCCAGAACCGCAGGAUGAAACUGAAGAAAAUGAACCGAGAAAACCGCAUCCGAGAACUCACCUCAAACCUCACCUUCUCUUGAAGCUCCUGUUUCCUCCCUCGAGUUCAUUCCCAGCUUCGGUGGACGUCCAUCUUGGAUUUCAAAGAAACUGUGACUUCAUGUGCCGUUUUUCGUUCUUCAUGUGGCGUGUUGUGGUCGUGUUUAUUUCAUCGCAGGGUGACACUUGUUGGUUUUCACUGACUGAAGCAGAUGACACAAGAAGAUACAACACGACUGCUGUUCAGCUAAACAAACAGCCCACUACAUCAAAAUAAUAUGUUUAAAUACAUUAAAAACCACUAUCUUCUUGUACGAGGCUCCUAUAAGCUUUAAACUCUCUUAAAUCUAGUGUUGUCAGCUAGCAGCUAACAUGCUAAUUUGCUAAAUAAACAAUCAGAGCCGUGCACUAGCUAAUGUGCUAAUGAUGCUAAUAAAGAAAAGGUUGUACUUUUCGCUAACUACAUGUCGUUAGAGAAACAGCAAGGCUCCAUCAGACGAACACGACAAUAUCUAUAAUUAUGACUUCACCUGGAUGCUUUAGAUUCCACAUUAAA